CCGCGAAUCAAGCUACGAAGAAAAAGGCUGAAAUUUCUGAUCGGACGCCUUUGUAUUUGGAACCUAUGGAUCCAGAGGAAGUCGUUUUCAGCGAUAGCGACAGCGAAUUUGAAAGGCACGUGAUUUUAAGGCCUUUUCUGCACGUGAUUGCUUUUGAAAUCCAUCUUCGUCCCCAGCAUCUUGCUUGGCCUUCCUGUUUGUGAAAGCAACAAGAAAACGAGCACCGCACCAAGAUGUUGAUGGAUUUCUGCAACUUCUAAUGAUUGGGAAAUUAAUGACAGGCGCACCUAGACGGGCGCCGGGUUGCGACGUCCAGCGGGUGUUAAAGGCGGUGUCAGAGCGCGAUGGAGCGUCACAGCUUUUCCUCAGUCCCAGUCCGACAACGGGAGCCAGGCACUUGGCUUCUCCAGACCGCAGAGGUGGAGUCUUGAUUAAGGCUAACAAGCGUAACUAAGUAAUGGUACUAUGUAAUUUAUUUAUUCAUCUCUUGCUUACAGGAACAACAACAUACAAGAACCAUCUUUGAAUCUGUAAUAUCGACCCGCCAGUAGUGGUCGUCGAGGAGUACUAGUACUAGGGACGAUGCAAGUGAACCUGCCAACCACCUGUCUUUGAAGACAAGACAACACUUUUGAAGGGAAGCACACUGGUCAAAGGUGAGACUCUCUAGAUGGGGCAAUUUGUUUAAGGCUUUCUAAUUUGACCGCAGGUUCACUGGUUCAAGAAGCAGCGGGAAGAAUCCUAAGCGUCGAACCAGUCGCGGCAGCAGCUACCGCUGCCGGUGCACUCGUGUCGCGGGCUUUCUCAGUACUCUUGCCGGGUAGUACUAGUAGUGCUGAUGGGAUCAUGAAUGCAGUUGAAGGAACGUCAACUAAAACCCCUGUCAAAUCCAAUAGUGCAGAACAUGAACACCAUCACAACGCAUCUCGUGCAACGGUUACAACGGCCUCAACAACUGCCGGUCGUGCAAAAACAACAGAAACUAGCGGUCGUGCAAGAACAACUGAUGCUG